GAGUCUGCAGGUGACACUGCUUAGGUACAGAGCGUGGAGUCGGAGCGGGGAUGCGCCUGGCUGCAGCUCUGAGAUGCAAUCCCCCUGCCUCGCAAGCUGCUCGCCGCUGCGCUAGCGGCACCUACGCUGAGCUCGGAGGAUCUCGUUAGGACUUGCCCAGGGAUGUGCACCUGCCGUGCGCUCCGAGUCCGAGGUCAGGGGCAGGUCUGCAGGCAGCCAAGGGAACGGUGAAGCCGGAAGACCUGUCUCUGCCCAUGUGCAAGUCUGUGAUUUUGGGUGAGAGAGCUGGUGGGUGAGUCUCUUUAGAGUUGGAAAGAAGGCAAAAUCUUGGGUUUCUCCUCGGCGGAGGGACAGGGGGACUCCCCCAGCUGGGUCUUGCACUUUCCUUACCUCUCCCACCCCGCGUGCGCCCUGGUCCAGUGCCCAAGCCCCACUUCAAAGAUGCUCUGGGAGACCGGGAUCCUGGCUGCUCAGCGGGAAGGCAGCAGGCAAGUGGUCUAACGUUGGCGGCGGUGGCAGCGGCGGCGGCACCGACGGUAAAGCGGGGAGCAAGAGAAUUUGAAAAGAGACAUCCGCUCCCUCUCACACGCUGAGGGGGAGGCAUUCGCGUUUCCCCAAAUGAGAAAGAGCCACAAGAAAUCAUGAAGUAAAAACUUUGGAAAGCUGCCACUGGAGAUGUUGCACAGAAACCUGGAAUCUUUUAGGAGUCUCCUGCCAGUCGCUGAAGGUUUGGGGAGCAGCUGAUACAGCAAGGAGGGCUCUUGCAAGGAUUCAAGCUCUGAGCCCUGGAGGAGCAGCACGGAGCGGGAGAGCGUGGCGAGAGAAUGAAGAAACCAACCGCCCGGGAGAAGCAUGAGGUGGCAGUGUGGCACUCGGUUUAGAGGGCUUCGGCCGGCAGUGGCCCCAUGGACAGCCCUGCUGGCACUGGGCCUGCCUGGCUGGGUGUUGGCUGUCUCAGCCACGGCAGCUGCUGUGGUCCCCGAGCAGCAUGCCUCCGUAGCUGGCCAGCAUCCCCUGGACUGGCUGCUCACAGACCGGGGCCCUUUCCACCGCGCUCAGGAGUAUGCUGACUUCAUGGAGCGGUACCGCCAGGGUUUCACCACCAGGUACAGGAUCUAUAGGGAGUUUGCCCGUUGGAAGGUGAACAACUUGGCUCUAGAAAGGAAGGACUUCUUCAGUUUGCCAUUGCCUCUUGCCCCAGAGUUUAUCCGGAACAUUCGACUCCUUGGAAGGAGACCCAAUCUGCAACAGGUUACAGAAAACCUGAUUAAAAAGUACGGCACUCAUUUCUUACUUUCUGCCACCCUUGGAGGAGAAGAGUCCCUGACCAUUUUUGUGGACAAGCGGAAACUGGGAAGAAAGACAGAGACAACAGGAGGUGCCUCUAUAAUCGGGGGCAGUGGGAACAGCUCGGCCGUGUCCCUGGAGACCCUGCACCAGCUGGCCGCCUCCUACUUCAUCGACAGAGAGAGCACGCUGCGACGGCUGCACCAUAUCCAGAUAGCCACGGGGGCCAUCAAGGUCACCGAGACCAGGACUGGUCCUCUGGGCUGCAGCAACUAUGACAAUCUGGACUCAGUCAGUUCUGUCCUGGUACAGAGUCCGGAGAACAAAGUGCAGUUACUUGGCCUUCAGGUGCUGCUGCCUGAGUAUCUGCGUGAGCGCUUUGUAGCUGCAGCACUCAGCUACAUCACAUGCAGCUCUGAGGGUGAGCUCGUCUGCAAGGAGAAUGACUGCUGGUGCAAGUGCAGCCCCACCUUCCCUGAAUGCAACUGCCCUGAUGCUGACAUCCAGGCCAUGGAGGACAGCCUGCUGCAGAUCCAAGACUCCUGGGCCACUCACAACCGUCAGUUUGAAGAGUCAGAAGAGUUCCAGGCCCUGCUGAAAAGGCUGCCCGAUGACCGGUUCCUGAACUCUACAGCUAUCUCCCAGUUCUGGGCCAUGGACACCAGCCUUCAGCACCGCUACCAGCAGCUGGGAGCUGGCUUGAAAGUGCUGUUCAAAAAGACCCAUCGGAUCAUCCGCCGGCUCUUCAACCUCUGCAAGCGCUGCCAUCGCCAGCCUCGCUUCCGCCUGCCCAAGGAGAGGUCCUUGUCUUACUGGUGGAACCGAAUCCAGUCCCUCCUCUACUGUGGGGAAAGCACCUUUCCUGGCACUUUCCUGGAACAGAGCCACAGCUGCACCUGCCCUUAUGAUCAAUCUUCCUGCCAGGGCCCCAUCCCAUGUGCCUUGGGCGAAGGGCCCGCAUGUGCCCACUGUGCUCCAGACAAUAGCACACGCUGUGGGAGCUGCAAUCCAGGCUAUGUGCUGGCCCAGGGGCUAUGCCGGCCAGAGGUGGCUGAGUCCCUGGAGAACUUUCUUGGGCUGGAGACAGACUUGCAGGACCUGGAGCUAAAGUACCUGCUGCAGAAGCAGGAUAGCCGCAUUGAGGUACACUCCAUAUUCAUCAGCAAUGACAUGCGGCUGGGCAGCUGGUUUGACCCUUCCUGGAGGAAGCGCAUGCUGCUCACCCUGAAGAGCAACAAGUACAAACCUGGGCUGGUGCACGUGAUGUUGGCCUUGUCCUUGCAGAUCUGUCUCACCAAGAACAGCACCCUGGAGCCUGUCAUGGCCAUCUAUGUCAACCCCUUUGGGGGCAGCCACUCUGAGAGCUGGUUCAUGCCUGUGAAUGAGGGCAGCUUUCCUGACUGGGAAAGGACUAACGUGGAUGCAGCUGCCCAGUGCCAAAACUGGACUAUCACCUUGGGGAAUAGGUGGAAGACUUUCUUUGAGACAGUUCAUGUUUACCUACGGAGCCGCAUCAAGUCCCUGGAUGACAGCUCCAAUGAGACAAUCUACUAUGAGCCCCUGGAGAUGACUGAUCCCUCUAAGAAUUUGGGUUACAUGAAAAUUAACACCUUGCAGGUCUUUGGCUACAGCCUGCCCUUUGAUCCAGAUGCUAUCCGGGACCUAAUUCUCCAGCUGGACUACCCAUAUACUCAAGGUUCCCAGGACUCUGCACUCUUGCAGCUCAUUGAGCUCAGGGACCGGGUGAACCAGCUUUCUCCACCUGGCAAAGUCCGACUUGACCUUUUCUCCUGCUUGCUCCGGCAUCGGCUCAAGCUGGCCAACAAUGAGGUGGGCAGGAUCCAGUCCUCCCUGAGGGCUUUCAAUUCUAAGCUGCCAAACCCUGUGGAAUAUGAAACCGGCAAACUCUGUAGCUAAUGGGCGGCCCACUUCAGCACCGGGCAAGGAGGGGAUCCAUGAAUCUGGGGUAUAAAGAUAAUCUAAGCCCUCACCUUAGUGCCAACAGGGUAUGCACUUUCAGCAUCCAGCAGAUGGGACCUUCAGCAUCCAGCAGAUGGGACCUCGAGGCUCGAGCUGAAGCAGGCGAGAGAGAGACAGCUACCGUGCACACGCGCGUACACAGACACACACACACACACACACACCCCACACACACACUGGCACAGGGAGGCUACAGCUCAGCAGCCUCGGAUCUGUAAAGUUGAUCGGUGCUUUCUAAAAUGAAUGCAAUUGAAAGAAAGGAGCCAAGGAAGAGAUUAAGAAAAUGAACCAGCCAACCAUGAAACAAACAAAAAUCCUUAAAAGUGAUUCUUGUCAUUCAAGAAAGCAAGAGGGGACAACAAUGGGAGGGGUCGGAGCUCUUCCUCCCCCUCUGUGGAGUCACUUUUGUAUUCUUUUUAACCAGAUUUCUUAAAAUGUUGUUGUUUUGUGAAUCCUGACAUUGGUUCUUACUUUUGUAUGCUGCCUCCUCUGUGCCCUCCCAAAUGCUGACUGGGAAACAUGAGAAGUACAACCAACAGAGGAACGAGCGCCAAGGGCAGGCAGCGGCCUCCUUGCUCCCCUCCCUUACUCCUCCUUCUCUGCUGCCUCCUCCCCCCACCAAGUUUCAGGGCCCUGGAUUGUUACCAGUUCCCCUUGUGGUUCCUUCAGAGCUCCUUUCCAACAGCAUCUCUCUGACCAAGAAAGCAGCUCUAUCAAGUUAGAGAGAGAGAGAGAGACAAUGUGUAGGAAAAUGUUCUUUUUUAAAAAAAAAAAAAACAAAAAAACAAAACAAAAUUAUUUAUUUUGUGAUUGUUUUCCUUGUCAAUCUGCUCCAACCACCUGAACAUCUAAGUAAACAUUUACCUGGUUUAAUAUA